AUGUAUUUCCAAGAUGGAGGCCGGCAACAAAACAGGCUGUUUGCGGUUGUUUUCAUACCGUCUAACGCCUUUCAUCUUAAUCUAUCUAUCUAUCUAUCUAUCUAUCUAUCUAUCUAUCUAUCUAUUACAGUAUAUUCAAUAUCUAUCUAUCUAUCUAUCUAUCUAUCUAUCUAUCUAUCUAUCGUGUUCAUUGUAUAUAUGUAUGUAUCUAUCCAUCUAUCUCAUUCAUUUUGUUGUUUUACUUUCUUUUCAUUAUCCAUCUCAUUCUGUUCAUUUUCUUUCUAUCUAUCUAUCUAUCUAUCUAUCUAUCUAUCUAUCUAUCUAUCUAUCUAUCUAUCUAUUAAUAGUAUAUUCAAUAUCUAUCUAUCUAUCUAUCUAUCUAUCUAUCUAUCUAUCUAUCUAUCUAUUACAGUAUAUUCAAUAUCUAUCUAUCUAUCUAUCUAUCUAUCUAUCUAUCUAUCUAUCUAUCUAUCUAUUACAGUAUAUUCAAUAUCUAUCUAUCUAUCUAUCUAUCUAUCUAUCUAUCUAUUACAGUAUAUUCAAUAUCUAUCUAUCUAUCUAUCUAUCUAUCUAUCUAUCUAUCUAUCUAUCUAUCACGGUCUGUUUAUCCCUCUCUCUCUCUCUCUCUGUCUGUCUAUCACAGCCUGUUCAUAUCUAUCUAUCUAUCUAUCUAUCUAUCUAUCUAUCUAUCUAUCACAGUCUUUUUAUAUAGAUCUCUUUCUCUCUCUCUCUCUCUAUCUAAUCAUUAAAUUCUGUUUAUAUCUACCUAUCUCUCUAUCUAUCUAUCUAUCUAUCUAUCUAUCUAUCUAUCUAUCUAUCUAUGUCAUUCUUUUAUUAUCUUUAUAUCUUAUUCUAUCGAUUUUCUUUCUUUUUUCUUUCUUCUUUCUUUCUUUCUUUCAAUUAUCUGUCUAUCUCAUUCUGUUGAUUUUCUUUCUUUCCGUCGUUUUUACUUUCUUGUUUUUCAUUAUCUGUCUACUUAUCUCAGUCUGUUCUAUCUAUCUAUCUAUCUAUCUAUCUAUCUAUCUAUCUAUCUAUCUAUCUAUCGAUUCACCAUUCUUCAAACCAUCUAUCUAUCUAUCUAUCUAUCUAUCUAUCUAUGAUUUCACUUCUUCAAUCUAUCUAUCUAUCUAUCUAUCUAUCUAUCUAUCUAUCUAUCUAUGCGAUUCACUUCUUCAAACUAUCUAUCUAUCUAUCUAUCUAUGCGAUUCACUUCUUCAAACUAUCUAUCUAUCUAUCUAUCUAUCUAUCUAUCUAUCUAUCUAUCUAUCUAUGCGAUUCACUUCAUCAAUCUAUCCAUCUAUCUAUCUAUCUAUCUAUCUAUCUAUCUAUGCGAUUCACUUCUUCAAACUAUCUAUCUAUCUAUCUAUGCGAUUCAACUAUCUUUAA